UUGAGCAAGAUAGGAGCGUCUCAUGCAGUGCGUUUCCUGGUGUCAAGUCGGUGAAGCUGCAAACGUGGAGCGGAGGAGUUCAGUGUACUUCUGGACACUACGGGAAGAGGAUCCGGUAAAAAAAAAAGUUAAUUAAUUAAAUAGUCUGUGACGAAGAUUGACCUUCCCGAACGAGCGCUACCGACUCACUUUGUUCAGCGGUGUGCCGUACUUCAACUCCAUUAGAGGAAAAGCUCAACCACUGGCCGACAUUAAGAUGAAAGUAAACCUCCUUUUAGCAGUCAUUGGGUGCGCUGUGGUUGGCGUCCUGGCACAAAACAAGACCAGUGCGACCACGAUAGCGUUCAGCGUCCGGAAAGCAGCUACCAUCACCAACCAGUUCUUGCUCCAAGCAUCGCCUUUCAACGUCCAGUUCCGGGUCAGGGAGAAAGCAAUGAUGAAGUCAGUGACAUAUUCCAAAUUCUGCCCGUCUUGCUUUCUUUGUGGAACCGGUCAUCAUAAUUUUAUUUUUCCGUAUCUCAACCAGGAAGUAUUGACUAAUGACGGUGCAGGAUGGAUACCAACCACUGGUGAAUUCAUAGCUCCUAAGUCUGGCGUCUACUUCUUUACCUUCAGUGUCAUGUCGGCCAAGACCAAAGAGGCUACGGUUGCACUCAUGAAAAAUAGCGACUACCAGGUUACAGCAUUCGUCAACCCCGGACAUAAUAUGGCGACUAACUCGGCAGUACUGUCUCUCAAGGCUGGUGACAGCGUCCACCUCGUUGUCCAGGAAGGAGAAAUCUACGAAAAUCCUUUGUAUGAAUCUUACACAACUCUCUCUGGAUACCAGAUUAGCAGCAAAUAAUUUCUGUAGUCUUUACUCUCAUUUAAGCCUUUUGUUGUUCGUUUUUGUUGUAGAUCAUUAUGUUGUUACUUUCCAAAUUUAACAAAUCAAAACUUCUCGGGUUUGUGUCAUCAAUAAUCAAUUGUGUUUUAGUUAUGUAGCUUUAGUUCCCAAACGUAUCGGCCUGUAUUGCAGAUAUUUAGCUCUUAGGAAAAUAUCUUAACCUUUCGUAGCCACUUUUAUCUGUGAGAAAUAGAUUGCUUUUAACAGUUAAGUUAAUCAAAUAUAUCCUUAAUUUUAAAGCAGAGUUUGGAACUGACAGUAAUCUAUGCGUUUUCUAUGCCUUUAACAUUUGCAAAGUAAUAUCAUUAAAUAAUAGGAUAAAAACUGAAGCAGAUUUUUCUUUAUCUGUCUUGAAAUAUGAAUUAGUCGUCAAUGUUAAGAACGCUUUUACUUUCUUGCAAAGAAAUGGUUACAAUAAAGGUACUGAUACACAGUCUUUUAAUUUAUAAAUAUCCUUAUAUUUAUGCGAUUGCCACUAUAACGCGUAAACAAAUGAGAUUAUCUGGUAAAACUUAAUUACUUUCGAUUCUCCUAAUGUUUUGGAACCUUCUUUUUAGGGGAACCAGAAAAAUUUCAUGGAGGCUGGCCCCAAUUCUC